UGCUCAUGCCCUGUCUCCCUGCAGCCAGGUACACGACCUGGAAGAAGACCAGCCAAAGCACCUUCUUCCUGUUCAAUGCCUCGCAGGUGCGGGCGCAGAUCAGCAGCGAGGCCCUACUGCACCGGGCCGAGCUGCGCAUGCUGCCGAAGCCGGGCAUGGAGCAGCGGGUGGAGCUGUACCAGCACUACGGGAACGGGUCCUGGCGCUACCUGGACAGUCGCGCCGUGGGGCAGGCGCCCGAGGAGUGGCUGGCCUUCGACGUCACCGAGGUGGUUCGCCAGUGGCUGAGUGGCCAAGAGACUCUGGAGAUCUUUAAACUCCGUGUUCACUGCUCCUGUGAGGACACCUGCGAGGAAGUGAUAGUGAACAUAGAUGGCUUCGAGAAGAAGCGGGGGGACCUGGGCACCGUCUCCUCCACGGUCCAGAAGCUGCCCUACGUGCUGGUGAUGUCCACGCCCCUGGAGCGCGCCAGCCACCUGCAGAGCUCGCGCCGGCGCCGGGCGCUGGACACCGACUACUGCUUCGGGACGGAGGAGAAGAAUUGCUGCGUGCGGCCCCUUUUCAUCGACUUCCGCAAGGACCUGCACUGGAAGUGGAUCUACGAGCCCAAGGGCUACAUGGCCAACUUCUGCAUGGGCCCCUGCCCCUACGUCUGGAGCGCCGACACCCAGUACAGCAAGGUCCUGGCCUUGUACAACCAGCACAACCCGAGCGCCUCGGCCGCGCCCUGCUGCGUCCCCCAGGUCCUGGCGCCCCUGCCCAUCGUCUACUACGUGGGGCGGAAGCCGAAGGUGGAGCAGCUCUCCAACAUGAUCGUCAGCUCCUGCAAGUGCAGCUGAUCGCCCGGGACACACGGACUCACCCCCCCCAGGAACGGGGAGGGGGGUGAAAUAGGGGGGUUGGGACGCGUUGGAGUUUUUAUUAUUAUUAUUAUUAUUAUUAUUAAUUUUUUUUUGUACAUUUCCUUGGUGUGUUUG